AUGUCGUCCCCGUCCUCCUCCUCCAGGCGCCAGUGGUGCUACCUGUGCGACCUGCCCAAGAUGCCGUGGACCGUGGUGUGGGACUUCAGCGAGGUGGUGUGUCGCGGGUGCGUGAACUACGAGGGCGCCAACCAGAUCGAGUUUCUCAUCGCGAGCGCGCGGCAGCUGAAGCGCAGCCACGGCAUGCAGGACGGCAGCGUCCGCUCCCCGGGUCCCGUGCCCAACAAGCACGGCUCUUCCUCCCGGGGCGAGGCCGCGGCGGACGGGGGCAGGUCGCACCCGGACCGCUUCGACCGGGGCGGGAGGGGGGACGGCGCCGGGUCGGCGCUGCGCGUGCCGCCCAACGGGCUGCACCGCGACGGCCAGCCGCCCCCGGAAGUCCACCGGCAGAGCCCCGGCGGCAGCCGGAGACCCAUGCUGGGCGCCGCCAUCCCCCCCAGCCUAGUGACUCAGAGCAUCGCGGGGAUCCCGCACGGGCUGCUGGCGGGCAUGCCGGCGGGCCUGACCGCCAGGACCGCCCCCAUGAGCAGCCCCAUGAUCUUCCCCGCCCCGGUGCUGGCCGAGAUGAGCCGCCGGCAGCUGGGCUUGGGCAUGGGGAUAUCCCCCUUCAUCACCCCGGAGCUGGAGAGGGAGCUCAGCUCGUCCCAGAACCAGGGAAAGACCCAGGCCCACCCGGCGGCGGCCGGCAGCAGCUCCGGGAAAAGCACCAACCUGCCCUCAUCAUCCUCCUCCUCCUCCUUCUCCAUGGCCGGAGGGGUCAGCCAGACCAGCCCCAAGCCGGCCUCCUCCCCGGCCCGCCAGCCGCGGCCCCUGACCUCCAGGUCCGGCGGGGAGCCCCUGGGGUCCGGCAGCUCGGCGGAGGCGGCCACCACGGCGGCGGCGGCGGCGCUGCCCAACAGUGGCGCCUCGGAGCUGGGCUCCGCCUCGGCCAGCAACACGGGGAACACGCUGUCCUGCACCCUGUGCCACGAGAGGCUGGAGGACACGCACUUCGUCCAGUGUCCGUCCGUUCCUGGACACAGGUUCUGCUUCCCCUGCACCAGGGUGUACAUCCAGAGCCGGCGGGGGGACGGGGAGGUGUACUGCCCCAGCGGCGAGCGCUGCCCGUUGGACAACUCCCCGAACAGCCCCCCCUGGGCCUUCAUGCAGGGGGAGGUCUCCACCAUCUUGGGCACCGGCGCGGCGGCGGCGGGCGGCGCCUCGGCGGCCGGAGCGGGUUCGGGGCCGGGGGCCGGGGCGCCGUCCGGAGCGGGCGGGGGGGCGCCGGCGGGCGGGGGCGGAGACGUCACCGUCAAGAAGGAGAGAGAAACGUGA